CCGAAAAUGCUCUCCCGUGUUGUUGGAUUUCGAAAGAUCACAGGACUUUGCGAUGAAAUAAUACAUUUUUACCGGUGAAGAAAACACAAACAAACCGCAUGUUUUUAAACUGAAGUUACUCGGGUUCCCGUUAAGUGGCGAAACGGUGUUUUUGGGAGACUCCAACGGGAAGUUUGUGUGAUCGUUUUUCCCGGAGUGAUGUCGAAUCCUGGGACUCGGAGGAACGGGUCCAGCAUCAAAAUCCGACUGACAGUAUUAUGUGCCAAGAACCUCGCAAAGAAAGACUUCUUUCGCCUGCCAGAUCCAUUUGCCAAGGUUGUGGUGGACGGAUCAGGUCAAUGCCACUCGACAGACACAGUCAAGAGCACACUGGACCCCAAAUGGAAUCAGCACUACGACCUCUACAUUGGAAAGACAGACUCCAUCACCAUCAGUAUAUGGAACCACAAGAAGAUCCAUAAACGACAGGGGGCGGGCUUCCUGGGCUGCAUACGACUGCUUUCCAAUGCCAUCAGCAGGCUAAAAGACACAGGAUACCAGCGACUGGAUCUAUGUAAGCUGAACCCGUCGGACAGCGACGCAGUGCGGGGGCAGAUAGUAGUGAGCUUACAGACACGAGACCGCAUUGGCAGCGGAGGCCCCGUGGUGGACUGCAGAGGACUGUUGGAAAAUGAUGGACCUGUGUUUGAGGGAUGCUUCAGUGAAGAGCCGCUUCCCUACUCCGACCCAACUGGUGCGGCGGGGGGCGGGAACUGUCGACUCGACUCGCCCAGUCAGGAGGGCCGCCUACAGACACAGCGAAUCAGAGGGCAGGACUCGAGAGGCCACGGCCACACCCCUCAGAACAGACCUCACGGGCACCAACCGCCUGACCUGCCAGAGGGCUAUGAGCAACGAACAACAGUGCAGGGCCAGGUGUACUUCCUUCACACACAGACGGGAGUCAGCACUUGGCACGACCCUCGGAUACCGCGGGACCUGGCCAGUGUGAGCUGUGAGGAGCUUGGGCCGUUGCCAGUGGGCUGGGAGGUCCGAAGCACCGUGUCGGGCCGAAUCUACUUUGUGGACCACAACAACAGAACGACACAGUUCACAGACCCGCGCCUACACACCAUUAUCAGCACGCAAUCCCAAGCGAAGGAAUCCUCACAAGCCCCCCAGAUGGAUGUGGGGGGUGAGGAAGGGGGUAAUGGAGGAGUGGGCGGAGGAGGAGGAGGAGGAGUCGAUGGAGACGUGGCGGCACGCUAUGAGCGAGACUUGGUCCAUAAGUUGAAGCUGCUCCGACACGAGCUGUCCUUGCAGCAGCCUCAAGCAGGACACUGUCGCAUCGAGGUGUCCCGAGAGGAGAUCUUUGAGGAGUCAUAUCGGCAGAUAAUGAAGAUGAGGCCCAAAGAUCUAAAGAAGCGUCUGAUGGUGAAGUUCAGGGGAGAGGAGGGCCUGGACUACGGUGGGGUGGCCAGGGAGUGGCUGUACCUGCUGUGUCAUGAAAUGUUGAACCCCUAUUACGGCCUGUUCCAGUACUCCACAGACAAUAUCUACACACUACAGAUCAACCCCGACUCCUCCAUUAACCCUGACCACCUGUCAUAUUUCCACUUCGUGGGUCGUGUGAUGGGCCUGGCAGUUUUUCACGGUCACUACAUCAACGGGAGCUUCACGCUUCCUUUCUACAAACAGCUGCUAGGCAAACCAAUCCAGCUCAACGACCUGGAGACCACCGACCCGGAGUUGCACAAGAGUCUCGUCUGGAUAUUAGAGAACGACAUCACCUCAGUCCUCGACCACACGUUCUGCGUGGAGCACAACGCCUUUGGGAAGUUCUUACAACAUGAACUCAAACCUAAUGGCCGCAAUAUUCCCGUCACUGAGGAGAACAAGAAGGAAUAUGUAAGACUUUAUGUGAACUGGAGGUUUAUGCGUGGAAUUGAAGCCCAGUUUCUGGCUCUACAGAAGGGAUUCAGUGAGCUCAUCCCCCAGCACCUCCUCAAACCAUUCGACCAUAAAGAACUUGAGUUGAUCAUCGGUGGACUGGGUAAGAUCGAUCUCGCGGACUGGAAGACGAACACCCGCCUGAAGCACUGCACAAGUGAAAGCAACGUGGUGCGGUGGUUCUGGCAGGCGGUGGAGGCCUUCAGUGAAGAGAGGAGAGGACGCCUCCUGCAGUUUGUCACGGGCUCCACCAGGGUCCCAUUACAAGGCUUCAAGGCGCUGCAGGGUUCUACAGGUUCUGCAGGACCAAGGCUCUUUACCAUCCAUUUGAUAGACGCCAACACAGACAACCUUCCCAAGGCUCACACAUGUUUUAACCGGAUAGACAUCCCUCCCUACGAGUCUUACGAGAAACUCUAUGAGAAACUGCUGACGGCUGUGGAGGAGACCUGCGGCUUCGCUGUGGAGUGAUGAAUCCACAACCAAAAAAACCAACAUACACACAGUCACACUUGCGCUUGCACUUGCACACAAACUAUUUGACAUUUGACAUCUAUAUACACAGACAUCAACAGAACAUCAAGUAUACGCAGAGUAUACGGAGCGGCCAAGCAUCACAAGAACACAAGGUCUCUCGCCACCUCUUCGCCACCGAACUGUUGGGGGUUAAAGGAGGAAGCACAGCGGGAGAGGAAAAGAUAAAAAACAAAAGCAAAAAAAAACAAAACAGACAAAAAAAUUAAAAAAGUAUUUUAAAAUUUUUCAGAUGUUUUGAAGAAGCAUUUUUAUCCUUCAGUUUUAACAAGCUAUGAUGUCAUUCUUCAGAAUGUCUACCGCCGCAGAGACUCCCGACAACACACUCGAGUCAGUGGACAGAAUCGGCCAAUCACAUGCGAGCCUGCGAACUUUGAAAUCAGACGUGUGAAGAACAAGGCGGAGACUGAUUGUCUUUCUGUCUGACAAGCUGAUUGACUAGUAUUCAUGCUUCAUGUUUAACCACUGUCGUGUAUCAGAGCGUGUGCAUGUACGUGUGGUUGUGUUAGUGAGAGAGUGAGACUGUAUUUGUGUCUGUGUGAGUGUGCGUGUGUGUGUUUGUGUGUGUGUCAGGCAUGGCACCCGGUUACGCUGUAAAAAACGAUCAAAUGAGCCUGCUCCUCUGUUUGGUAACUUUUUUGUCUCUUCCGUUUGUAUCUGCGACCACUCUGUCUGAUCCACUCUGAUAUUUUAUUAUUUAUUACUAAGUGAUUACUGACCAAGCUGCUAUCUGCUCUACAAAGAGCUCACACUAAUCUCUUCAUCACCCCCUCUAUCAGAGUUGAAGGGUCAAUUCACUUGUAAUUCAAGCAAUCCACAAAGUGGGUUUCAUUGAAUUUCGUUAUGUUUUUUAACAUUCACAUUAUUGUGGAGAAAAACUCUCUGUCCUUGUAUAAAAACUGUUAGUGUUUCGUUGUUUUAAAGGUGCAGUGUGUCGGAUUUAGGAGGAUAUAUUGGCAGAAAUGGGAUAUAAUUUAACCACCGGGGAAAAAAAGAAUCCUGUGCUCGUUACCUUAGAUUGAGCUGUUUACAUCUACAUAGGGAGCAGGUCCCUGUGCAUCUAGAUUUCCAUGUUUCUACAGUAGCCCAGAACAGACAUUUGCAUUUUCCUGUCUACCACCUUUGUUAGCAGCACCUCCGCGAUGAGCCAAAUAGCAUCCGAAAAACACUGAUUUUAACGUGAUACAGCUUUAUAUGUGUUUGUACUGGUUUUAAUCACAGGGUCUGUUUGUCUUGGAGAGGAAGAGGCCUCUGUGGAUAAAUCGGCUCCUGGUAAAAACCUCCUGAAUUUGUGCAUAUUAAGUUAUUAGAGAAAAAAGGUGAGCACAAAUUAGCAAGUGCUCAUCGCAGACAGGAUGAAGAGCGUUGGAGAGACCUUGAUUUUUAACGUGAAAUUAUCUUAUGUACUGUUUUUGCUGGUUUAAAAAUAAUUGCUUUGUUUGUUUUGGAGAGGAAGAGACCUCUGCAGAUAAUUCGGCUCCCGGUAAAAAUCUCCUGAACGUCUGGAUUUUAAGUUAUCAGAAAAAAGGUUAGCACAUAUUAGCAGGUUCAGGGCUGGCUGCUUGUCUCCAACAUGCCAUAUAGCGUCGGAAAAACAAUGAUUUGUAAGCUCAAACUGUACUGUUUUUGCCGGUUUAAAACAAUUGCUUGUAGAGGAAGAGACCUCUGCGGAUAAUUCGGCUCCCGGUAAAAAUCUCCUGAACGUCUGGAUUUUAAGUUAUCAGAAAAAAAAGGUGAACACAUUGGCAUGUUCAGGGCUCACUGUCCAUCUCCAACAUGCCAAACAGUGUCGGAGAAACCCUGAUUUGUAACGUGAAAUUGCUUUAUUCUGUGUUUUUACUGGGUUUUAUCACCUGGUCCGUUUGUUUUUGAGAGGAGGAGACCUCUGUGGAUAAUUCGGCUCCUGGUAAAAACUUGCUCAACGUCUAGAUCUUAAGUUAUCAGAAACAUUUGAGCAGAUAUUAGCAAGUGCUCAUCGCAGACAGGCUGAAGAGUGUCGGUAAAACACUGAUUUGUAACAUGAAACUGCUUUAUGUACUGUUUUUGUUGGUUUAAAACAAUUGCUUAGUUUGAUUUGGAGAGGAAGAGACCUCUGCGGAUAACUCGGCUCCCGUUAAAAACUUCCUUAACAAUAAACACUGAAGGAAUUCUAACCAGGAGAAGUUGCAGCUGGUUGCAAUCUGCAAUCCUCACCACUGGAUGCCACUAAAUCCCCCGAAAUCCUACACACUGUUCCUUUAAAUACCAUGUUACAUUUAUUUUUACGUGAAAGGGAUUGAACCUCCCAGCCCUAAUUUUAAUCUUUACUCUACUGACGGCUGUGGAGAGGUCCGAGGGCAUGACCUGGAUGUUUAACAAAAUGAGCCACGAGGAUGGAAAGAAGGAGUCAGCUUCAGGAAAUCUUUGGUUGUAUGUGACAUGUAUAAUAAAAUCUCACAAGCCUUUCAUACAUGUUUCAUCAUCCAUUUCACCAUCUUUAUUUUUUUUUCUUUUCUUUGUGGCCCUGAUGUUUCUCUGCCCGUCUCUUCUUCUCCAUAGCCUGAAUGUUAGAAAAAGUAGUCCUCAACCUCAAAGACCACCAUGAAUGAACAAAAGUCUCUCUGCAGUCAUUAAUCCUCCAACGAAGUGAAUGAAAUCAAAAAACCUAAAUGUUGAGCGAGUAAUGUGGAAAAACAAAAAUUGGGAUUUGUUGUAGAUUGAUUACUGAAGACUGUUAAGCAGUAUCAUUUCAAUCUGCAUUUUCUAGGUUCACUGUGUAAUGGAUGCAAGAGUAUUGUAACUUACUAUGUACUAAACAUUUAUGAAAAAAUACAAUGUAAAUAAGAUUAUAUUAAAAGAAAUUAAAUUGAAAAUAAA